AUGGCUUCCGAAGAGCCUCAGAGCUCACCAUCGCAAGGUAAAGCGACAAAGCCUACGCCUGCGGACGAAAUGGAAGUUGACCAGCCUGUCGCAAAGACGGUGAACGAGGACAUUAAGUCAGACACAGAGUCAACGCAACCAAAAGUGGCGCCUCUUACUAAUGGUAACACCGAAAAGUCUAAGGACUCAGAUGAAGAUGGAGCAAAAGGCGCUCGGGAUGAGGAGGCAUCUCUUACCAAAAAGAAUUCGCUGGCAUCAUCGCCAAAAUCCGGUGACACACUGCCUGUAGCAGAUGUCGAGAUGAAACAGGUUAAUGGCACAGCUGAGGUAGAGAGCAAGCCUUCAGAGCAGAAGGUGACUGACGACGAGGCUGCUACGGUGUCUACAACACCAGCUAAAGAGUCAGAGAAGGUAGAGAAGGAUGGCACACAGGCGCCAGCUUCGAUCGAUGAUGUAUCCGCCGCAGAACCGAAAGCUUCACCACAAAAGGACUCCAACAAGGAAGAUCCGGCAUCAAGUGUUAAUGUCGAUUCCAUGGAUAUUGAUGUUCCAACAGAGCAACCUGACUCGGCAUCAAGUGCAGAGCACGUUGACGGCGCAAAAGACACAGCUACUGUGAGCGACGCGCCGAUUGCAUCGUCUCCCCCCGACUCUAGUCAGCCCGCUGACAUAUCUAAGCUUGAGAUUAAGGCAACGCAGGAUGAAGAUGUACCAAUGAUCGAAUCUGUUGCAUCCCCUCCGAAGGUAUCUCGUGAGCGCGAAGAAGACGACACGGAAGAGCCCGCCGCCAAACGAGCGAGGACAGAGGAUGAGGGCGAAGCUACCCUAGAUUCAUUAGUUGUAGCUAGCAGUGCCGACGCCGAUGCACCUGCUCAGCAGAAAGGAAAUAAGGAGUUGGACAGCGCGAUUCCGGAUCAUCUGCCCAUUACACCCCACCAAAACAAGAGGACACGUGAGGUCCUUGCCAAUGUGAAGAAGACCAAGAACGGCGGCAAUUUCCGGAAGUCAGUGCAAGAGCUAUGGCCUGGAUUAUGGAAUGACUACAGCGCAAAGAUCGAUAAUCCUAUCGAUAUCUCUCUGAUGGAGGGUAAAUUGCGCGAGGAUAGGUACGCCAACUAUGGCCAGUUCAAGGCUGAUGUGAAUCAACUCUACGAAAAUGCGGUAUUGUUCAAUGGCCCCCUCCAUGACGUCUCGCGUGCUGCAGCCCAAGUGAGAGACUACAUCCUAGUCAGAAUGCCGGAGAUCAUCCAUACGAAAGAACCUGUAAAGCCCGAGAAAGGUAAGGCUCAACCAACUCGUCAGACGGAGCCCCGUGCUGCCAACCAGCCUCGCCGUCAGUCUCAGUCGCAGACGCACGGCCUAGCAACAAGUCCGAAGUCGAAGUCAGACCCAUCCUCUCUUCCCAAUACAGCGUCAACUACAAAUCAAGCUUUUGCUAUCCCCCCAUCAGGGAUCCCUCAAAUUCGACGUGAUUCUACCCGCGACGAUGGCGACAGACCAAAACGGCCGAUUCAUCCACCGAAGAAUCGUGAUCCCGAAUAUGCAUCGAAGGCUAGCCGGAAGAAGAAGUUGGAUCCCGAACAACGCUUUUUCGACAUGGUUCUCGAGGAGGUUAAAAAAAUCAAGCAUUAUGCGAUCAACCAGUGGUUUCUGGCGGCAGUGGAUCCCGUGGCCUUGAAUAUCCCCAAUUACUUCAAGGUCAUCAAGAAGCCGAUGGAUCUUGCUAAAAUGACCGAAAAGAAUUAUGACGGAGAAUACAAAACGACGAAAGAUCUCGAAAAGGACAUGAAACUCAUCGUUCAUAAUUCUGAGGUUUUCAACGGACCAGAUCACGAUGUUUCCAACCAAGCCAGACAAUUAGAAGAGCUCCUAAAGAGUCAGUUAGCUGGAAAGGAUAAGUGGAUGGAGAAGCACUACCCUGCGGCAGCCCCGUCUGCGAUGCAUGCAUCCACCGCAAGUCCCGACCGAAGCAUUGCUGAGUCGGAUGAUGAUAGUGAUGGCAACGGAGAGGAUGAAGAGAAUGAUGCAAUUCAAAGUCUUCAACAGAGACUGAAUGAGGAGCAGGAAAAGCUUAAUCAGCUCCUAAAUUCCAAAAAGCCAGAUCUUACCAUGAUGGAGGUGCAACAGUCUAUGGUGGCUGUGCUUCAACGAAAGCUAGUUGAAGAGAGGACUAAAUUCCUCAGCGAAAGAAAGCCCAAAAAGAAAAAGGGUGGCAAUGCCAAGAGUAAAUCCAAGGGUACUGGGAACAACUCAGUCGGCGGAAACAAGAGGAUGUCUGGAUCUGUGAGCACAUCUAAGAAACCGAUUGGUGGUAAUAAGAAGCCAGUUGCACCUAAGAAGCGAACCAUUGGUGCCUUAGAGAAGGCGGUCAUAGCUGAAGGCAUCAACGAGCUAGACGGCAACACUCUCACCAAGGCUGUCGAGAUUAUCAAGCGUGACACUGGUCAGAAUGAGAAUGACGAUGGCGAGAUGGAGUUAGACAUUGAUUCUCUAACUCCAGACGCUCUUGGCAAACUGUAUGAUCUGAUUAACAAAGCGCAUCCCAACAUCCGCCAGGGUCUUGCGAAGAAACCCGAGUAUAGUAAGGACUUGAACACAGAAUCCGAGCCGAAGGCCAAACCCAGUGGAAUGCCGAAGGCCAAAAAAAAUAAGCCAAUGAAUAAGCACGAGCAGGAACGCAAGAUUGAGCAGUUGCGGGAGCUGAAAGCCCAGCUUCAACGACAUGGUAGUGGCAGUCAGGAGCCCAUACCCGAAACUGAGGCACAGGCUGCCGGCGAUUCUAGCGAAGAGAGCGACUCAGAAGAGGAAUAA